AUGCCAAACCACAACACCGCUCUGCCCGAGGAGUGGGGUUGGAGCCGAACGUCGACGAGCCAACCCAACGCCGCGACGUUCCACAUCAAUCACAGUGACGUGACACGGGCCUUUGCCGAUGUUAUCACCGCCGAUGAUAGUCCACGGGAAGCGCCUUUCGUCGUUUCCAAGGACAUUCCGGUGGUCAUCAUCGACAGCCUCGAUCAGUAUUGGGCCGGCGAAUCGCGCGCCGCGCUGCCCCUGAACGGUCUGCGGGUCCCGGUAUCUGCGGACACGGUGGAAGAGGCCAAGCGCAAGCUCGCGGCGGAUCUGGCGGCCCAGGUGCGCCUGUUGUUGCUGCUGGCUAGCGGUGGGACCACGUUGGCUCCGGAGCUCCAGGCCAACCUUGUCAUGUUGAGCGAGUUUCUGACCCCGCGCGAACGGUAG